AUGUGCAAAGUUUUGGAGCAAAUCAUCCUGAUCGGCUUUCGCCUUGGUUGGUCGACGAUUAGCGAGGUGUUCAAUGUGAGAAGAGUGAUUGAAGUGUGGCAGUGGAAAGUUCGCUGCCCUAGUCGAGGACAUGAAUCGAAGAACAACGGAUUCAACUCGUUGACCAAGUGUCUGUGGUCGACCCUCAUCGCCAACGAAAUCAAACUGCGAGUCUACCAAUCUGCACUUCGCCUUCUCAUGAUGUACGGAUCGCAGUCGCACUUGGGCAGCAGCGUCGACGGUGAUGGAAAAGCUAAACUGCUAAAGAGAAUGUUCGCUUCUUUGAUAACUCAAAGGUUCAAUGAACACCCACGAGAAAAGGCUGAUGGGAAAACAACAGUGUUUCUCGAUGAAAAAUUAAAUUUGGGAAUUGCAUUGCUUUAUUUUGCCAAUCUCGAUGUGGAAUUGGGCUGA